CGGGUGAGCAGCAUUUGUGUGCGCAAGCGACCCAAAGUCCGUAACCCGGUGGCCUCGUGGUGAUUGUGACAUAACAGCCGCGGAAUCCGUCCCCCGGAAUCCGCCAUGGAAGAUGCAUAGAAUAAUAUCGACGCCGGCGUCGAAGUUCCGCCAGUUCCGGCGAAUAAGGUCGAGAGCGAAGAGCGCGACAGCAGAGACAGCGACAGAGGAGGAACACGCGUUCCAGAUCCUAUGGCGGUACCAGAUCCUGGACCCCGACAGCGACAUCGUUGCGUAUUGGAACAGGGUGUUCCUCGUGACGAGCCUUCUCGCCCUCUUCGUCGACCCUCUCUACUUCUUCCUCCCCACCGUCGGCGGCCCCGCCUGCCUCCACGCCGACCCCGGCCUCCGCAUCGUCGUCACCAUCCUCCGCACCUUCGCCGACCUCUUCUACGUCCUCCACAUGAUCAUGAAGUUCCGCACCGCCUUCGUCGCCCCCAAUUCUAGAAUCUUCGGCCGCGGCGAGCUCGUCACCGACGCCCGCGAAAUCGCCAUGCGCUACCUCAAGUCUGAUUUCGUCAUCGACCUCGCUGCCACCAUCCCUCUCCCUCAGAUUGUCAUUUGGCUUGUCAUUCCCGCUAGCAGAAACGCCAGAACUGACCACGCCAACAACACUCUCGCCCUUUUCGUUCUUAUUCAGUAUGUUCCUAGGUUGUUUCUUAUCUUUCCUUUGAACCGGCGCAUUCAGAAAACCACCGGUGUUAUCGCCAAGACUCCCUGGAUUGGUGCCGCCUACAAUCUUGUUCUCUACCUUCUCGCUAGCCACGUUACAGGCGCAACUUGGUAUCUCUCCUCGAUUGGGAGACAAUUUAACUGCUGGAAAACACAGUGCCAACAGGAGAACAGAUCGCAUACCCUCUCUUGCUUUUCUAGCUAUCUUGAUUGCAAUAGCGUGGACCUCCCUGAUCGGCAAUACUGGCUGAACAUCACGCGUGUAAUUAGCAGAUGUGACGCAAAGACCAAGAUUAACGUCAAGUAUAAGUUUGGGAUGUUCGCUGAGGCUUUUCUCAAUGAUGUUGUCAGUUCCAGUUUUAAGGAAAGAUAUUUCUAUUGCUUUUGGUGGGGUUUGAGAAAUCUAAGCUCGUACGGACAGAAUUUGGAUACCACCACGUAUCUUCCGGAGACGUUCUUUUGCAUCAUCUUGUGCAUUGCUGGAUUGGUUCUCUUUUCACUUUUGAUUGGAAACAUGCAGACGUACUUGCAAUCGAUGACAGUUAGGCUCGAAGAAUGGAGGAUUCGGAAAAGAGAUACCGAGGAGUGGAUGAGGCAUCGCCAGUUACCGCCAGAUUUGCAGGAACGUGUCCGUCGUUUUGUUCAAUAUAAAUGGCUUGCAACAAGGGGAGUUAACGAAGAAGCCAUACUCAAAGCGUUACCUUUGGAUCUUCGUCGAGAAAUUCAACAUCACUUGUGUCUUUCUCUUGUGCGGCGUGUCCCAUUCUUCUCGCAAAUGGACGAUCAACUCCUUGAUGCAAUUUGUGAACGGCUUGCGUCAUCAUUAAGCACGGAAGGCACGUACAUAUUUCGAGAGGGUGAUCCAGUGGAUGAAAUGUUGUUCAUCAUUAGAGGGCAAUUGGAGAGUUCCACAACGAAUGGAGGAAGGUCUGGAUUCUUCAAUUGCAUCACACUCCGGCCUGGUGACUUUUGUGGAGAGGAAUUGCUGACAUGGGCCUUAAUGCCAAACUCAACCCUCAACCUACCUUCUUCUACGCGCACUGUCAAAGCUCUUUCUGAAGUUGAAGCUUUUGCACUACAGGCAGAGGAUCUCAAGUUUGUGGCAAGUCAGUUCAAGCGCCUUCACAGCAAGAAACUUCAGCAUGCGUUUAGGUACUAUUCCCAUCAAUGGAGGACAUGGGGUGCUUGCUUCAUACAAGCAGCUUGGAGAAGGCUUCAGAAAAGAAAGGCAACGAGGGAGUUAUCCCUCAAAGAGCGUCUCUACUACAUGGGGCUGCCUGAGGCUGAAAUGGAUGGAAGUGGAAAUUUUGAGGAUGAGAUCGAGGAGUCCUCUGGGAAUGUGAAAAGGGUUCAGAAUCUAGGCGCAACAGUUUUGGCCUCAAAGUUUGCUGCCAAUACAAGGAAAGGGAACCACCAUAAGCUACAAGGCAGUGAUCCUGUGCCCCAAUUGUUCAAGCCAGAUGAACCUGAUUUUUCUGCAGUUUAGUGAGCACAAAAACCAAUCAUCAGCCCAAAUCUGAGUUUAACUCUGGUUCAAUUGGAAGGUUUAUGACUUGGAUGUAAAUGGUACAGAUAGAUUAGUAAAGGUGAUCACUUUUGUUAAAGAGUUGUUAUCAUCGUGAGUAAUCAUAUAUUAUCUUCUCCCA